GUGGUUUGGCUCAUGCAGCUGCUCUCAACCUCGCGCUGCUUGACCACUGUCGACUUGAGCUACUCCAAGAUCGGAACCGCUGGGUUUGCGGCGCUGGCCAAAGCGCUGCCGGCGUGGAUGGCGAGAGGCCUGCAGACGUUGACGCUUCGGGCGACGGGCCUCCGUGACGACGAC